AUGAAAAAAUUUUGGAAUUUCAUAUGUUGUGCAUUAGAUUCAGAUGAAGAAUAAAUGGGUGAAGAAAAAUAAAUAACAAUGAAAAGAGAUGAAAAAACAACUUUAGAGCUUUAUGGUAAUUUUGAAACAUAAAAUUACAUGCUGGUUAGAAUGACUUAAAAGAAUUUUUUUGUUGAUUUUUCUAUGAGAAAAUCAAAAUUAGUAGAAAAGAAUCCCUUAUCAGUGUUUAUAUCAUAUAUUGAUAAUGAUGUUAAGUAUGAAUAAGAUGAAUCAAGUUAUUUAAUACCAGAAAAAGUAUUAUAAUAUAUAGGUAGAAGAAUGAGAGAAGUCAAACCUUCUUUUAUAGUUGAUGGUCUAUCUAGAAGUGGUAUUAAUGCAAUAUAGUUCUCUUCUGAAACUAAUACAUUUGUUUUGGGAAAUAACUUUUCAAUGUAAUACAUUAAAAAUGCUAAUCAUAAUACAACAAUUUGUAAUUUUAAUAUAAGAUGUGAAUUUCUUUUGGCAAAUUUACCUAAAUUACCUAUUAUUUAAAAUGAUGUCUUUUUUAUCUAACCUGAUUAUUAGAUUAUUGAUGAAAAAUUAACAAUAAAUAAUAUAUUUCCUUCAAUUCCAGAUAUUUUAGAUUAUUUUUUAGUAUGGAGUAAGAAUUUAAUUAUUGUUUUACCCAUAUAAAUUGAUCUUUAAAUAUUUUGUGAAGUUUUUUGUUAAAAUUUAAAAGAGAAAAAUUUAGAUCAUUUAAUCUUUGAAAUCUAAAAAAUUCAAAUAGAUGGUGAAUUAUAUUACUAUAUUAUUUAUUUUGGAGAAAUUGCUGCUAUACAAACAUAAGAUGAAUAUAUGUUAAUGACAGAAAUGACAUUAGAAGAUUCUAAUUAAUAAAAUUUAUUUGAUUCCACAUAUAUGUUACUUAAAAAUAUUGGAUAUACUACAAAUCCAAGAGAAAUCAUGAAUAUCUUAAUUUAUUCUAAAUAAAUGUCAUAAUUUGAAACUACCUUACAAAUUCUAAUUAAUCAAGUAAUUAAACUUAAAUUUUAUAUUUUAUUAGUUACUUUUGAAGGGAUUAUCAAAUGAAUAAACAAUCAAAUAAUUGUUUGGUGAUGCUGAUGUUUUAUUAUCUUCAACACCAAAAUAUAAUCAAAUCCAAAUUUAAGAAAAUACAUUUGGAUAAGAUUCUUAAAUUAAAUAAUGUUAUGAUUAGUAAUAAAAAUAAAAAAAUAAAAAAGCCAAGAAAUCUCAAUUUAUAUCCUUUAAUAUACCUAGUGAAUGA